AACAGGAGCAGCAGCAGCGUGCGUGAAUACGGGGAGCGAAGACUGACACAGGCUGCCUGUUGAGCCUUUUUUAGGAGCGGGGGAACCCGCGACUCUUGUGAAGGAUGUACUGGAAACUGCGUGGUGCCCGAAUCGUGCAGAGAUCCCAUCCCGCCUGUGAAGUGUCGUGGUCACUUAGAGAGGACGGUGCUAUCCUAACCCAACCAUACAACUAUGCGGUGAAGAGCGACACUUAAAAUGUUAAAGGCAGUUUUAAAAAAGAGCCGAGAGGGUGGAAAAGGGAACAAGAAAGACUCAGGGGAGUGCUGCCCGGAGAGCGCCACGCAGGUCGCUGCGCCGUCGGUGCCCAGCGCGGAGGUCCCGGGGGGCACGCGGCCGGGCCCCGAGGACGCGCGCAGGGCGGCCCUGGCCAGGGGGGUGUCCAUGUCCCUGCCGUCCUCGCCGCUGCUGCCGCGCCAGCCCGGGCUGCUGCACGCCAGGGCCUGCGCCAAGUCGCCAGGUCCGGCCAGGAAGCCCAAGUAUGUGGAGAGCCCCCGGGUGCCAGGGGAGGCAGCGCUGCCGCCCAGAAAAGGAGCGGAGCACGGAGAGCCCGGCCAGAGCGCAAAAACUGACAAAGACUCGAGCUGUUCUCCUGCGGCACAAGAACUGAUGACAAGAUUGGGCUUUUUGCUGGGAGAAGGGAUCCCGGCUUCUGCUCACAUGGAAGAGAAAAGCGAAGUCAUGUGCGCGGUCGCCAGCCGGGGCGUGAGCCCGUGUUCCACGCUGACCAGCAGCACCACGUCCCCCAGCACCGACAGCCCCUGCUCCACGCUGCCCGGCCUGGGCAGGGCCGCGGGCGGCCAGGGCAGCCCCUGCGGGACCCUGGGCAGCCCCUGCGGGACCCUGGGCAGCCCCUGCGGGACCCUCAGCAGCCCCAGCUCCACCCUGGAGAGCCGGGACAGCGGCAUCAUAGCAACUAUAACAAGUUCAUCAGAAAACGAUGAUCGUAGUGGAUCCAGUUUGGAAUGGAGCAAGGAUGGGAGUGUGAGAGCUGGAAGGCAGCAGGGGCUGAGCCACGACCGCAGGACAGACGGCUGCUCACCGGUGGCGGAGGAGGACGCCCGUGGCUCUGCGGAGAGCCUGCCCAGGGCGGCAGAGGGGCCCGCCCCCUACGCGCAGGGCUCCGGCUCUCUCGUGAUGCCGCGGCCAAACUCCGUUGCAGCAACAAGUUCAACCAAACUGGAAGAUCUGAGCUAUUUGGACGGACAGAGAAACACUCCUUUGCGCACUUCGAUCCGCUUGCCUUGGCACAACACGGCUGGCGGGCGGGCGCAGCCGGACAGCAAAGCUCAUUUCGUCCCCUAUAAGCCUCAAGACAUUUUGCUGAAGCCGCUAUUGUUUGAAGUUCCGAGCAUAACAACGGACUCAGUGUUUGUUGGAAGAGAAUGGCUGUUCCAGGCGAUUGAAGAAAAAUUGCAGAGCACUGAUGUAGCAGAGAACAGGGGCGCAGUCAUUACGGGGAAUGUGGGCUUUGGGAAGACCGCAAUUAUUUCACGGCUGGUGGCGUUUAGCUGCCAUGGAAGUCGCAUGAGACAAAUAGCUUCAAACAGCCCUAAUUCCUCCCCCAAAACGGGCGGUGACCCCAGCCCGGAGGUCAUUCCCUUCAGCCAGCUCCCGGCCGGCGGCGUGGGGAGGACUCUGCCCGGCCCGGCCGGCCCCGCGUGCCCGCAGCGCUGGGGGGACGCCGCCAGGCGCCUGGCUGCGAAGGUCGUUGCUUACCACUACUGCCAGGCUGACAACACGUACACGUGCCUGGUGCCGGAAUUCGUGCACAGCGUGGCGGCCCUGCUGUGCCGCGCGGCUCAGCUGGCGGCCUACAGAGACGUGCUGCUGCGGGAGCCGCAGCUGCAGAGCGUGCUGAGCCUGCGCUCCUGCGUGCAGGACCCGGCCGCGGCGCUCGCGCGGGGCGUGCUGGAGCCGCUCGCCCUCCUCAGGAGAGAGAGGAAGAUUCCUGAGGAAGACUACAUAAUUUUGAUAGAUGGCUUAAAUGAUGCUGAAUUUCAUAAACCCGAUUAUGGUGACACACUCUCUUCAUUUAUCACAAACAUAAUCUCUAAGUUUCCUCCAUGGCUGAAGCUCAUUGUGACUGUAAGAACCAGCUUACAGGAGGUAGUAAGUUCACUGCCCUUUAUCGCAGUAUCUCUGGACAACUUUCCAGACAACAAAGAAAUUCACGAUGACUUGAGUGCUUAUAUUCAGUACAGAAUAAAUAACAGCCAGGAAAUUGUGAACAACAUAUCUUUAAAUGGAAAAGCUGAUGCAGCUGUUAUUGGGAAAGUGAGUAACCACUUGAUCACGAGAAGCCUGGGAUCUUAUCUCUAUUUGAAACUCACUCUGGAUCUUUUCCAAAAAGGUCACUUAGUAAUCAAAAGCGCAAGCUACAAGGUUGUGCCGGUGUCUCUGUCAGAGCUGUACUUACUGCAGUGCAACAUGAAGUUCAUGACAAACUCUGCUUUUGAGCGAGCCCUGCCAAUACUAAACGUGGCGCUGGCGUCCCUGCACCCCUUGACAGAUGAGCAGAUUUUCCAGGCUAUUAACGCAGGGCAGAUCCGUGGCGAGCAGCAAUGGGAGGACUUCAGCCAGAGGAUGGAAACCCUCUCGUGUUUCCUGGUCAAAAGACGUGACAAGACACGCAUGUUCUGCCAUCCGUCCUUCAGGGAAUGGCUCGUUUGGAGAGCUGAUGGUGAAAACACUGACUUCUUGUGUGAGCCAAGGAGCGGGCAUGCUCUCUUGGCUUUCAUGUUUUCUCGACAAGAAGGAAAGUUAAACCGCCAACAAACUAUGGAACUUGGCCAUCAUAUACUUAAAGCUCACAUUUUUAAGGGCCUCAGUAAAAGGACUGGAAUUUCUUCCAGCCACCUGCAGGCGCUGUGGGUCGGUUACAGCACCGAGGGGCUGUCCGCCGCCCUCGCUUCUCUGAGGAACAUCUACACGCCCAACGUGAAGGUGAGUCGGCUGCUGAUCUUGGCAGGAGCAAAUGUGAACUACAGGACUGAAGUACUGAAUAACGCUCCGGUGCUGUGUGUUCAGUCGCACCUGGGACAUGAAGAAGUGGUCACUCUCUUACUAGAAUUUGGAGCUGCUAUAGAUGGAGCUUCGGAGAACGGGAUGACAGCCCUGAGUUACGCAGCCGCUGCGGGUCACUUGAGCAUCGUGUCACUGUUGUGCAAGAAAGGUGCAAAGGCUGACUGCGUGGACAAGAAGGGGCAGUGUGCGCUGGUGCACAGCGCGCUGCGAGGGCACCGCGACGUCCUGCAGUUCCUGCUGGCUCUCUGGGGCGCCGCGGCCCCCCCGGCCCCGCGCAGGAGGCAGGUGCUGCAGCAGGCGCUGACGGCGGCCGCCAGCAUGGGACACGGCCAGGUGGUUUGUUACCUCUUGACAGCUCAGAAGGACCACGGAAUAGACAUCAAUGACACCGAUGCCUUGUGGGGAGAAACAGCCCUGACAGCCGCGGCGGGCCGGGGGAAGCUGGACGUGUGCGAGCUGCUGCUGGAGCGCGGGGCGGGCGCGGGCAGGAGCAACCGGCGCGGCGUCCCCCCGCUGUGCUGCGCCGUGCGCCACGGACACCGCCAGAUUGCCCAGCUUCUAGUGGAACAUGGGUCUGACGUGAAUCUGAGCGACAGGCAAGGCCGAACUCCACUUAUGGUGGCUUCCUGUGAAGGACAUCUGAGCACUGUGGAAUUUCUGCUUUCUGAAGGUGCAGCUAUUUCAUCUGUGGACAAAGAAGGACUGACAGCGUUGAGCUGGGCCUGUCUGAAAGGGCACAGGGACGUGGUUCAGUAUUUGGUUGAGAAAGGAGCAACAACUGAUCAGACAGACAAAAACGGACGAACACCCCUAGACCUGGCAGCGUUUUAUGGAGAUGCCGAUAUCGUGCAGUAUUUGGUAGAGAAAGGAGCAACGAUCGAGCACGUCGACCACAGCGGGAUGCGGCCGCUGGACAGAGCCAUCGGCUGUCGCAACACGGCGGUGGUGGUCACGCUGCUGAGGAAAGGAGCCAAACUGGGAAAUGCAGCAUGGGCAAUGGCCACCUCAAAACCCGACAUUCUCCUUAUUCUGCUGCAGAAGCUGAUGGAAGAAGGAAAUAUACUGUACAAAAAAGGCAAGAUGAAGGAGGCGGCGCAGCGCUAUCAGUACGCCCUGAGGAAGUUUCCGAGGGAAGGAUUUGGAGAAGAAAUGAAAGCGUUCAAUGAGCUCAGAGUUUCAUUAUACCUGAAUUUAUCACGGUGUCGCCGAAAAACAAAUGACUUUGGUAUGGCUGAAGAGUUUGCUACCAAGGCAUUGGAUCUGAAACCCAAGUCUUACGAAGCCUAUUACGCCAGAGCGAGAGCCAAGAGGAACAGCAGAAAGCUCCUUGCUGCUCUUGCUGAUCUACGAGAAGCCACACAGCUGUGUCCCAGCAAUCAAGAGAUAAAACGCCUCCUGGCUCGAGUGGAAGAGGAAUGCAAACAGUUCCAGAGAGCACAGCAACAGAAGCAUCAGUCCCCACAGCUACUGCAGCAAAUGAACAGCUCCGAUAACGAGGAGGAGAGCACCGCACAAGGUGUGAAUGACACCUGUAAUCUCCAGGACAGGGAGGAAGAACUGCCCCACUCUGAGGACUCCGUUUCCUCGCCACAGCGGCUGCCGCGUUCCGCAGCGGCUGCGUCGUACAGCAGGACCCUUCAGGAAGGUGCUCAGCAGAAAGCUGGAACUGCGUCCCCUCAAAGCAGAGCCGGCAAGAAAUACCUGAGAGAGCCAGGGUUGAUCGUGCAGCCGACCAAGCAGGCACAGAUCGUUAAAACGAACCAGCACCUGAGCUCCGGCCAGCCCGCAGCAAGAAUGGGAAGCAGUCCAUGUCAUACAAAGACACAGUCGUCCUUCCAGCAUCUUCCCCAAAGUCCUUUGCCGGUCCGACAUGCUAAAAUUCAGCAUGUGGAUGGGACAAGCACUCUGUCAUCUGCAAGUGUUCCCACAGGGGCUAAUGCUGAACUGUACAACGAGUUUAUCUCCAGCCAAUGUUCCUGUUCGCAGCACGAUGAGAGUCUCUCCUCUCACUCUUCUAGAACUGCGGACAGGUUAACAGCCCCUACUCAAAAGAAUUUCAGUGAAGGGAGGCAGCAAGGUCCUGGAACCAGUGCAGUCUCUGCUGCUUCUCCGUCCAGCAGUGUGAUUCUUGCCAGCUCAACCAGCAGCUUAACCUCGGCCGGUAGCUUUUCAGAUAGUGUUAAGGGCCCAGACGUUCGACUCAAGGAGAACAUUAACCAAGUUCAGGGUUCCAUUGCUGAACACAGACCUCGCAACACCCCGUUCAUGGGGAUCAUGGAUAAGACUGCACGGUUUCAGCAGCAGAACGCUCAGGCCAGCCGCACGUGGCACUCUCAGGCAGCGGAUGGACCAUCAGCAACUUCUGGGGGCACUCAGUCCUCAAACUUUGAGCAGCUCUCAGUCAGACAGCACCAAACUAAAACCUCCUCUGCCGGUGCUGCCCCAGGAGAUGGCAACCAGAAUGGUGUGCAGGCUAAAGACCACGACGAGCUGAAGUGCCAGAUCUCUGCCCACCCCCCAGACAACACAGCUCCUAAAGCAGCUGCACACUUACACCCCGAUGCUCUGAGUGGUAAGGAAGCCCAUCUAAGCCAUGUCACGGCUGCAAAACCAAAGCGAUCAUUCAUUGAAUCAAAUGUAUAAGUUUAUUUUUUGUAUAUUUACAGGAUCGUACAAAACUUAGCUCAUAGCAUCAUGGCCUGUUAUUAUACUUCUAUACAAAUUCCACCUGGCUGGUCUCCGGUUUGGGCAGCAGCCCAGGCCAGCCAGUACGUAUAGGGAACAACCACUUGAAACUGUCCCUGCCAUCGCGGGCCAGUUCAGUAACUGGAAUGGCAGAUCCAUGCAGGGGGGUCAGUCGGGAUCAUCAGGCCACCAAACUGGGACCUCAAGCAGAAAAAUGUUUCCUUUUACCAUUAGGUAAGACUUUCCUUUUCCAUAGGGCUUUCAUCUUGGCUUUUGGCUCUCGUCCAUCUCACCACUUAGAUAAUCAUCGUGCCUCUAUAAUGCUUGAGUGUUUACUGCUCAAAACAGUGUUCAGGAAGAUCUCUGCUGCUUAAUGCUCAGAUCUGUAUAUGUAUGGGCUUUUUUAAAAUCAGAUAAGAGUAUUUUAUCACUUUUCUAGUGGGCUCUAAUUUGGGUUGCAUGAUGUACAUUUAGGAAGCAUAAAUAAUUUGUGUAUGAGUAAAUAUAAGCAGCCAUGUUUUGACAUGUAAAUAUAACUAUUUUUCGUAACUAGGAGAAAUCAAGUAAAAUAAACAGUGACAUUUGCAUGUGUAUUGAAAGGCUUUGACCAUAUUGGUUAUCGCACUGAAGAACACAAUAUUAUGGCAUAUUAACAAUAAUCGCACUUUAUAUAGUUUAUCUAAUCACCGUUGGGUGCUAUCUUAAAGCAAAAUGAUUUAUUGUUUAUUUGUGAAAGAGGUACAGCAGUGAAACGUUUAGCGAGUGUUCCCAUGAGAAACCCAAGGGAGGGAGGGAGUGAAGAUGAAAGUUUGAGGAAAACGUGUAUGUGCGGUUGCACGACAGGAUGAGGUUGUGAAGCUGUGUGGGAGGAAGCUGUUUUGUAUCAGCAAGACCGUUCUGAAAAUGGGGGCCGUGACAUUCCCGAGUGCACCGAGUCGCAGCGGUCGCGCUGCAGGAGUCACGUCUGGUUUGUAUACAGUGUUUUCUGUACAUUGUAAACAAUUCUGAGUUUGCAUCACUAUGCUUUAGCUUAUUUAUUGGUUACUGUUUCUUUGAUAUUUUGUACAAGUCCUAUAUUAGUCUUGCCCUCUAGUUCUAUUUUUGCACAGCUACUGUAUUUUUCCCAUACAAAAUAAAGAUUAUUAAUAUA